GAUAGGCUAUUAGUUCUCCAUAGGCAGACUGGUAGCCUACAUAUAGUUGCAGGUUUACUUUCUAAGAGAGACAACCUUUAGAAUGGUAACACUCAAAAGAACGAAAUAUAGUAUUCUUGCUUUAAUGCACGCCUAAUAUACAGUCGAUGUUGGUUUCAUUAUCACUUUGUGGCUAGAUGCAGUUAAUCGUAAGUGCGUGAUGAUGACCAUUAGUUCGACAUUGGAUGUUCUGUUUAAGUAGUCUGUAUCCUUGAAGACUGAAACGUUACCGGUAUGAAGGAUCGACUGGAUGAAUUAUCUGCGAACAGAAGCCAAGUCGAUGAGGAUGUUACGGUCACAGUCGACCAAGAUGGAUUUAUGGAAUUAUUUUUUAGGAGGGUGGAGGAGGUUAGAGGACUCAUUGAUGAGAUCUCCAUUCAAGUGGAAGAGGUGAGAAACAGGCACAGCAUGAUCCUGUCUGCACCCAACCCUAAUGACAGGACGAAAGAGGAACUUGACCAGCUGACCAAUGAGAUCAAAAAGAAUGCCAACUUUGUGCGAGCGAAAUUAAAAUCCAUGGAGCAGAGCCUUCCAAGGACAACAACGGAUUUCCGCAUCCAGAAGACCCAGCACACUGUUUUGUCCCGGAAGUUUGUCGAGGUCAUGACCCAGUACAACGAGACUCAAGUGUCCUUUCGGGAAAAGACCAAAAAAAGGAUCCGGAGACAGCUGGAGAUAACUGGAAAAGUGACAAGCAAUGAGGAGCUGGAGGACAUGUUGGAGAGUGGCAGCCAAUGGCAAUCAAUAUUCACAUCAGACAUCAUCUCCGACUCUCAGAUCACCCGUCAGGCCUUGACCGAGAUCGAGUCACGACACCAGGACAUCAAGCGUCUGGAGUCCAGCAUCAGGGAGCUCCACACCAUGUUCACAGACAUGGCCAUGUUGGUGGAGACGCAGGGGGAUAUGGUCAACAACAUUGAGAAGAAUGUGCACAAUGCGACCGAAUACAUCCACAAAGCUAAAGAAGAAACAAAAAAAGCAAUAAGAUAUCAGAAGAAAUCCCGGAGGAAAUACACCCUGCUGGCCUUGGCUCUGUUGUGCCUGCUUGCUGUCAUUGCACUAAUUGUUGGCCUGUCUGUUGGACUAACCAAAACACCUGGAUAGGUCUCUUCCACAGAAACAUCUCUACCUUACCAUAUGUGUAGUAGUGUGCAUUCUGAUACUCAUCAUUAUUGUAGGAUUCUUUGAGUGACAGAGUGACCUCAGCGUUACUCAUCAGAGCACAAAUAACAGAUCUUUCCUCCAGCCUGCAGACAAUUCACAACGACUGUGAUACAUCUGGCAAUGAGCAUGAUGGUUUGAUUCAUCUGCAUCGACUAAGAUGACCUUAUACUGUGGGCUGCAUUGUGCUGACUCAAACAGUGAUUUGGGGUGUGACCUAAAAUGAAUGCAGACACACAAAGGAGAAUGGUCUCGCUUCAUGUCAUACGUAAUAUGAAGUCCUAGGAAAAUUCCUAAGAGAUACUAAGGUAAAAUUGUAUAUUCCCAAGACAAUGGCUAUUUGUAUUUAUAUUGUAUGUCAUUUAAAGCCAUUAUAGCAGGUUAAGAUAAA